GUUCCACAUGGAUUUCCAAGCGACCGGGGAUGUUGGCGGUCUUUUUAGUAGGGAAGGCUGAUCGUCAAGACCUAAACGAUCAAAUUGAUUAAGAAUCGUCCGAGUUCAACGAUAUCGUUCAAGGGUCAUUCUUAGAUGCCUAUCGUAAUAUGACGUACAAGCAUCUCUUGGGAUACAGGUGGGCAUCUGAACAUUGCCCGGAAGUGAAUUUGGUGCUCAAGGCUGACGACGACGUGAUUGUGGAUACGCUCCAUUUAGGCCUUUAUAUCACGACGUUUAUCCAUAAUUUUGUGGAACCUUUCUACUUGUGCCACUAUCUGCCAGAUCAAAAAAUUGGUCGUGAUCCUGCUUUCAAAUGGUUCGUUUCAGAGGAAGAAUUUCCUGGCCACACUUAUCCCGGAUAUUGUGCUGGUUGGGCUUAUGUGACGAAUCCUGUCACGAUUCGAAAAGUGCUCGAUCUGGCCGAAACCAGAGACGAUUAUUUCUGGAUCGACGAUGUUUACGUUACGGGCGUGAUUCGACCGAAGGCCGUGAAAGUCUAUGAUUGGUCUCAGGCUUUCUUAUCCAGCCAUGCUCAAAGCAAAACUCAUAUUCUUGAGGAUGACGGUUACAGCCCGGAGUUACUCGUUUGCGCCGAUGUCUCUCCCAAGCAAAUGACGCAUGUGUACGAUAAGUUCAAACAGAGUUACUCAAAAAAAUGGGGAAUGGACAACUUCUAUUUCAAUCAUGAAAAUCGAGAGGCCGUGCGGCCAGACUUGCUGGUAGACCCGUUUGAAGGAAGAGAUGAACUCUAGCAAGCCACAAAUUUGCGAUUCCCUCCCUUUAAAUGGAUUUCGUAAAGAUAAAAUCUCUUGUUCCGUUCCGUGUUAUAGUUGAAGAGUUGAAUUCUAUUAUGGUACAAAUAUACGAUUCCCUCGAUUUAAA